CCCACCGACCCACAAUUACCCAACUCGCGCGCCUUGUCGCGUCGGCACAGUUUCGCCGCUCACCUGCGCGUCAUGGGCGAAACACUCAAAAUGUUGCACAACUGGCAGCAAAGCUGCGUUCACACGCACACUUGACACAGAACAUAUCCCCAGCAAGCUCGACACAUGUUCCGCACAGCAGUCUUCCUACCGUUGGCCGUCACUCGCAUCGGACCACGCCUGGCUGGACUGACACCCAAGUCAGCCGCGGGCAUGAGCGCCGUGAUCUGGCGGCGUGCCAUGAGUAGCGGCGCAGGGUCGGCGGGUGGUGGUGCAGCCCGCGAUGAGAGCGACAACGACAACAACGGCGACGACUUUGCACGAGACUCGGAGGGCAAGCCCAUCUUUGAGGAGAGUGAUUACUACAUCCGCUACAGGGUUCCCAAAUGGAACCACGAUUGGAUUGCGCGUGAGACGGAAGAGCUCAUCGCCAAGGCGUACAAGCGGCAUCACGCGCUCAACGAUCACUCGGACAAGUACCCGAUCCGGCCGUCGCGGGAGGAGCUUGAGUCCAUCAAGCCGGUCAACCACUACAAGCCACAGAACGUGACUGACAAGAUCGCCUUUUCUCUGGUGAGCAUGCUCCGCCCGCUCACCCACAUGUUCUUCCGUGAUCGGUACCUUUCGCACGCGUGUGUACUCGAGACGGUGGCGGCGUGCCCCGGCAUGGUCGCAGGCGCCUUCCGCCACAUGCGCUCGCUGCGGACGAUGACCCCCGACAAGGGUUGGGUCCCGCACCUCUGGGAGGAGGCCGAGAACGAGGCCGCGCACUUGAUGACCUGGAUGGCGGUCAUCGAGCCGACCCGCCUCGAGCGGUUCCUUGUCGUCGCGGCGCAAGCUGUGUACGUCACCGCCUACGCUCUUAUGUACGCCACUUCCCCGCGAAUGGCCCAUCGGUUCGUCGGCUAUCUCGAGGAGGAGGCCAUCUCGGCCUACACCCUUUUGCUCGAGUCGAUCGACUCGGGCGCGCAGGCCGACGGCCCGGCCCCAGACUUUGCCAAAAAGUACUGGAACCUUCCCGAUGACGCUACUCUCCGCGACGUUGUCCUCUACGUCCGCGCUGAUGAGGCCCAGCACGCGCUCUUCAACCACCGUCUCUCCGAAAUCAUCGCCACCACCGGCGUCGACUCGGAGCUCGACGUACCUGGCGAGUAUCCAUCGACCGUCGAUCUUCCGCCGGACCAUCCUGAUCGAGUCGCCAUGCGUAGCUCGAUCACCACCCCCCGCCCCCAUCCCACAUCUGAAGGCAACUAGCACCAAAUGACUCGGGUAGCGUCGCCAAGUGAAAGCCAUGUCUGCUG